AUGAACAUUCAUAAUAUACUUGAUCUACCUAAUGAAAUACUUGAAAUCAUAGCAUUUAAUAUAAUUGAUGGACCAUGGAAAGACGAUGUAAAUGAUUUUCUUUCUUUUACAUCAACUUGCCGACGAUUUUAUCAAUGGUCUCAUGACGAAAAAUAUUGGCAAAAACUAGCGUUGAGACGUGAUCCAACAAAUAAAAAACCAACGGAAAAUAUAACAUGGUUAGAUUAUUGUAAACAAAUUUUUCUUAUGCGUACAAUAUCAUCUGAUGAACUUCAAAAUAUACUAAGUCGAUAUAAUAAAAAUUAUUUUUGUACAAUUGAAAAAAUUCUUCUUUGGUUUGAUAAAAUACGUAUAUAUAUUGAUGAACGUGGAGAUUAUUCUCUUGGUAGUAUUCAACAUCCUACAUAUUCAACAAUAGCAUUUCUUGAUGAGAAUUCUUCUGAUUCUUAUGAACAUUGUAAAGUAACAGUUUCUGAUAGUAAAUUUUCUAUUGAGAAUGAUGCAUCACAAUAUUUAGGUUAUUUAGAUUUUGUAAUAAAUAUUUCAUUUGAUUGUAUUGAAAAAGUACUUUAUUUUCAAUAUGGUUACAAUGGUUAUAGUAUAAUAAAACUUUUUCAUGUCGAACAAUCAUUUAUCGAUAAAUAUAAUCUUCUUCCUUUAAUGAGAAAAUGUCAAAACAUUGGAUAA